AUGAGCAAGAAACGAUGCGCACUCAAUACCUGGCCAAUCGAGGUCUACGAUUAUGAAAGAAAGGUGAUUACAGACGAAGCUGUGGGAGGCAUUGAUCUUCGAAGAGGCCGGUGUAAUACGACGUUGAAGACGACAUUAUUUUCACUUGUUAGUUGGAAGACUCAUAAGAAGAGAAAGACGCACUCGAUCCAUCAACAAAAGGCCGUGGACGGCGGAUCACAACCCCAGAUUAUCAGCAGCUCGUCUCAGUCCUCGGUGUUAAGCUUAGUUCAAGACACUCCAAAGAUAGUAUUGGGAAGCCAGGUAUCCCAAGAUCACGAGUCAUUGAUGUUUGUUCGUCGUGAUCUUCACAAGAGCAAGCAACACCAGGCACAACAUGAGCGGGACGUGAACAAUGUGAUAAAUGCAAUGACAAGUCUUAUCACUGAUCAGCAGAGUGAUUUAAGUUCAUUGCAAGAUAAAGUGCACGACAUGGAAGACAAAAUACAAGAGCUCAAGAAAGAUCUGGAGAUCUUUCGUUGCAAGAAAAACCAACAGACGAACAUGCGAGCGCCACAGAAAAAAAGGACUGCAACGACUUCAUUUACUACUCAUUACAUACCAGAAAGUCGUGACUUUGGUAGACAGACUCAGGGUCACGACAAUAAUACGUGGUAUAAAAUCUCCGGAAAGUCCAGUAGCAACAACAAAACAAUGAAGAGGAGCACAUCGGAUAUGAACAGUUUCGAGAAGCGCUUUCAACUUACAUGA